CUGGACCGUUUCCUUCAUGAAAAGGGUACCUGCGAUGCGAGUCUCUGAGAGGCUGAGACCCUCUAUGAUACUCUCCGAUUACCGUUCAUUGCCGCCGGCGCUCAUGGCGGAGGAGGGAGGGGGAGAAGCGGAGGCAAUGGCGAGCGGGUUCGGUCUGGAGUGGGACGUCGAUUUCGAGGCGGCCGUCUGCCAAGAUUUGGACCGCAUAGAGGAGGCCAUGAACGCAAAGAGGGAGGCAACUCAGCCGCAGCCGUCCGCCUGCCUCGCUGCCGCUCCACAGGCCAGACUAGAGGAUUACAUGUUCAGUUUUUCCCCUCCCAGGGAGCUCUCCCAGAGCUUUCCGGUUGACCGGCGAGGCGAACCCUCGCCGGCGAGGAAGCGGGCGGGUGGUGAUUUCCAUAGAGGGAGGAGGAAUUCGCAUGUGGGCGGUGGGCUGUAUGGUGGGAAGGACGAGGAAAUUGAGAAUCUGAAGAAAGGGUUGAAAAGCCUGCACGAGAAGCUUAUAUAUCAGGAACUUGAAUGCACACAGUUGUUGAAGGACAGGGACAGGAAAAAUGAAGAACUGAAGAUUGCUCUUGCACAAAUUGCUGACAAGGAUGUUGAAAUCCAACAACUGAAGCAGAUAUGCAAACACCAAGGAACCUUGGCUGGAAACCAUCAUCAUGUGUCCCUGCCAAGUGAUCAUGCAGUUAACUCUUCAGAAAGGAAUGGCAUUGUGUAUCCUGAUUUUGAUACUGGAGGCACAACGAGUUCGCAGUGGAUCAGAGGAAAAACAUCUAAGAGAUUAUUUAGGGACACCAGCAACUUACCCACAUCACUGGAGAAAUCUUCACUGAGGCAGUUUGAGAACUCCAAUCGAAGCCAAGAAAGUGCUCUGCCUAAUGACUUAUCUAUGGUUUCAGAUCUUAAGGCCCGUCUUUCGACUGAUGGUGCUUCAAAUUCUGGUACCCACCAUAAGUCUUCCAUGCAGGUAGAGGCAAAUGUUUGCCGGGAAACAACUGCAAAGCCAAAAUUUUCCAAAACUGUGGGAAUUCAAACAGAUGCUUUUUCUGAUCCUGCUAUUAACAAAGAAGUUACAAUUGAACACCAUGCAUCAAACAAGUUGAUUAAGCUAUGGAGGCCCGACAUUGGAAAAAGUUCAGGGCAGAAGCUGGUCAGGAAAUUGUUUGCCUCUUGUGCAGCUGAUCUCAUUUCGUUGUUUAAGUUCAUGAAUAUGGCCUCGGCAAGUGCUUUGGAUUCUGCGGCUGAAGAAAAAAUUUCCUAUUUGAUACCUCAUGAUUGCAGUUAUCAGGCACCUUCUAUUCAAGAUACUGAAGCUGCAAAAGUUGGCUGCUUUUAUUUGAUUCUAACAAAGGUAAUGAAUGACAUGGCGCAGCUGGAUUCACUGGUGGAAGCAUUGCUUGGUCUAUGCUGUCUCCGAAAUGUUGACAUUGUCCAUAGAUCACUCCGUAUUAUCCACUCAGUCUUACAUCAUGCUCUUAUUCUUUACUCCAACUCCAGUCGAAGGAGCAACAUAGUGGUGAACCAUCCUGGGGCUUCAAAUAUUGGCUUAGAUUCUGGCAUGCCUUUGUUGGGACAAUCUGCAAAAUGGCCAAAAGAAAUUUCGGAUUUUGUUAGAGGAGCUGCGUCCUCAUCACACUUACCAAAAGAGUUCCUUUACACUGAGAAAAUAUGUGAAAAGGGAACUAGAUUAGUCAGACAAAAACCUAAUAUCAACUUGGUGGCCCUUUUUGAGAAGAUGCACCAGAUUGCCGUGGAGAACACAAACCAUCAAAUACAAUUGGAAGCAAUAUCUGUAAUGAACUUGAUCAUGAUGAGAAGCAGUCCUUCGUCUGAAAGGAACAAGUUUGGAACUGUAACACUUCUUGAAAGCAUAUCAUUGCUUCUGCAGAAGAGAGUGGCUUUGGUGGUGCAGUUGCAAGCAGUGCGUCUUCUUUUCCUGCUUCUGAACUGUGAAGAAGCAAUGAUGCUCUUUUGUGGUGGUUGUAAAGAUGAGACAAAUAGUGCAUCGCCUGCUGGUGAUACUUUAGAUGCUCCACCGUUGCCAGCUUGCUGCAGUCGUAUUUUGGAAGGGUUAGCUGAAUGUGUGUCAUGCACUGGGGAAGGUGUACAGGAGCUUGUGUUGCGUAGACAUGGGAUCCAUGUGUUGGCAUUUGUAAUGGCUUCAGGUGAAGCUGCCAUGAAGAUCCUAAAUUCAGGGGCAUUUCGAAGGAUAAACCUUCUGGAGCUACUUGUGAAAGUGUUGACGUCAGAGUUGGAUGCACAAGAGGCAGAGUCUUCUGCUUCACAGGACCUCUGCAAAGAAAGGACAUCACUUAUUCGCGAGGCCUUGAUACUUCUGUGCCGGCUGGUGUCACACCCCAUUCACUCUUCUGUUGUCUUAGAAGCAUUUGCAAGUAGCAGAAGCAUGUUCAGAGUGUUGGUUGACAUAGCGCACAGGAUCAUUGCGGGAGCUGGAGCUGAAAACUCUCAGAAACGUGAAGGUUCCAGGAGAAAAGAUGUGAAUCAAGCUGACCUAAUCGACCUAGCUCGCGUACUAAAAUCAAGAACAUCGCCUCUGCUAGGAAGCAUUUCAUGAUUGUAUGUUUUAUUUCUUUCUAUUCUUUUGGAAGCAUGACCAUAAGAUCGAAUGAGGUAUUUUUGACACCGUUGGGGCCUCUGACACACAGAUUUUGCCAUCCUAUAGGAGCGUCUCAUGAGCAAAUCUUGUUGGUGCGAGGAAAUUUUGUACAUUAUAUGCUUCUGUAUUUAAAGCUAAGCCAAUGUAAAUGUAACAAUUUUAGUCAUACCCCGCAGAACUCUUUCUCUC